AUGCGUUUUUCCAAGCUCUCAGUCAUAGCUGUGUACGUGUACGCAGCUACAUUCGCAUCUGCCCAGGCCUCGGCCGUCCAAACAAACCUCGAUACGAUAUCUGGGGAUCUUGCAGCUCUCUUAACCGCCAUCAAUUCUUUUACGGGUACCCUAGCGGGGGCCUUAGCGGUCAGCGCUGCAGCUUCCACUCUGCAAACCGACUAUGAGACAGCCCUCACCGAAACCAAUGCCGCCACAGACCUUGAGAGUGAGAGUGCGGCUCUCGCAGCAGCAGUUCAAGCGCUGGUUCCGCCCCACGCGGACGGUCUAGCUGCUUUAGUUGAAAAGGAACCACUUUUCGAGGCUGGCGGGUUUAAGGCGUUGGUUCUUGCCCAAGUGCAGACGCUUUCAAGUGAUAGCUCACAGCUCUGGGCUGCGCUUGAUUCGAAGAUAUCAGCCGAUAUUAGUAGCUUUGCAUCGACCAUUAAGGAUUCCUACUCUGCUGCCAUUGCCGCUUACUCGUAA